AUGACGAUUGCUGGAGCACUGAAGGGGCUUCUGCAAGCAACGGGUUACAACCUCAAACCAGAAGAGAUCCAAGUCAUGUCUUUGGAAGAGGACAAAGAUGCCAGAGUGAUUUCUUUCUCCAUUUCCAAGUACAGGGGCAUGAGGCUCUACUGGCGAGCUAUACGGGCCUGGCUCCGAAAUGCGUGCGGCGAGAUGAUGAUUCUCCAAGAUGCUCUGGGAGAUACCCUUCCUGUCGACUGCUCCAUACCGCUUGUUACGUUCCGAUCUACAGGGCAAACGCUAACAGAGGCAGAUAUUCCUCUCGGGAACGAUGACGAGCCGAUAGCACCAGCUUUGUCCAAGCCCGCGCGACCGUGGACGCUGGACUUGGAGAACAGCGAAGCGGAUGGUCUCAUGCCGGCACAAGGCGGAAACAGGGAGUCGCGCCAAACCGAAAGAUGGCUGAAUGCGUCGAAACAACUGGAGCAAAAACAAAAGGCCUCAAGGCACACCCCCGCUCAGCCAACAACGCCCGAGUUUAUGCCGAAUUACAUCGUACCACCGUGGGCUGCAGCGAAUCAUGUGAUGCCUCCCCAAGGCUACUCCAUACCUUAUCCUCCACCAGGAGGUGUGGAUCCGCCUCCCUCGGCUUAUACGCAGCACUCUGGUAUGCGAUCAGCUGUCGGAGGUGCUUUGGAUGGCGCCCAAAACAGUGACGAAGAGAGCCCCAAAGCCGGGUCUACAACUAAAGCAAGCCAGGGAGCUACGCAGGCAGCAGCAGGAGAGGGAGGCAGCCCACACAGUGUUAGCGUCAAGUUCAUUAUCGUUGCCAGCUGUCUUGCGGCUACCUUAUUGGUCAUCGUCCUACUUUGGUGUGCACGUACACUUCGCAACAAAGACGAAACACACAAUCCGAGCGUGGAGAGGCAGCGAAUCCCACAUGAAUUGAAAUUGAGGCGUGCCGGUGCCAGAUACGCGAGACCAUGA